AUGGGAUGGUGUGUAUCGGCAAAGCUUCAUAGUUAUAAUGUAUUCGAUAUUGUGUUGGAAGUGCAAUAUGGUCAAUUGAUCCUCAAUUGUCUACUAGCUCCGAUUUUCUUUUCGAAAAAUAUUCCGAUUCGCUUCACUCCUACACUUAAGGCUGUAACUUCGAUGCCGUGGAGACAUGCAGUCAAGGUAGCACUUGCGGCCGGAGAAGCGGUGGCAAAGGCGCUUUCCAGAGCGAUAAAGCAAGAAUUACAGCAAAGUCAACAUGCAGCAGCCCGACAUAGUGCCAAAACUGGUCAGUCAGCCAGUGAGACUAGAGAUAAUGCUAAUGCUAACGCAAGGCUUGGAAUCAGCCUAGAGGAGUCCUUACAAAUUUUGAAUGUCAAACCACCUAUCGACCCUAAAGAAGUUGAACAAAAAUACGAGCACUUAUUUUCGAUCAACGAUAAGAGCAAAGGUGGCUCUUUCUAUUUGCAAUCAAAGGUAUACCGAGCUAAAGAACGGAUAGAUGAAGAGCUGCGAAGGCAAGCGGAGCAAGGGUCACCUGAAGUUUGCUCUGAACGCUUAGCAACAUGUAUCUUGGUACUGUUAACCGAUGCGGCUCGCGAGAAUUGGCCAGUGGAGUUGCUGAGGGAGAGGAUGGAUUCUGAUCAUCCGCUCUGUAAUGCUAUAGGAGAAGUUCAUGAAGAAAUUGUAUCCGAUUUACGUUCCGUGCUGGAAACAGUUGGAUGGGACUAUGCAGAAUUGGUUAAUUUCGAAUGGUCGGUUCGUAAUGUUGUUCAGACAGAGUUACUGAAUCGGUGCUCCGAGCCGGUGGUCUCUUUCAAGCUUCACGUGUUGCCAGUUGAUGAGGCACAGUGGCGACCCAUAGAGUUCCACUGCGAUGUCAAUCAGUUCCAGGACCUUCACUCAAAAGUCAAAGAUGCGAUGAACAUUCUGGAACAACUAAAAACCUAA